AAGGCGUGGACCUCAUCUGCCUUCCUCCCAAAUAAUUCCACCGCCGCACGCCUCCCCGCGUUCCUCUCGCCUUCGCCCCCCCGCCUCCGCCUCCGCCUCCGCGUGAUUUCAUUUGCUCUGCUCUCACCGUCAAAUAAUCUCGCCGGCAAGAGAAGCAGCGCCGAGAACCUCCGCUUCCUGCCAUAGCCGGGGUUAAAGUGGGGUCCUUAGGGGAGUCCUAGGGGGGGCAAAAGGGAUCGGAUCGGGAGAGAUGAAGAUAACGGCUUCGUCCGCCGUCGCCCCUGCUAACGCCGCCGCUAGGUAAGCGUCGACGAUCGGCGGAUCUGCUUGUCUGACUGACUGAUUGCUCGGGACAGAUGAUCCCCUUGACCACUCUGCCUUUUCUCCUUUCUGAUCCUACUAUUUUUGGUUUUAGCCUUGUCGAUAAGGAAUUUGAGUAUCUUCAGCAGCUUUUCUACUAGAUUAGUGUAAAUAGUAGACUUGUUCAGGUUUAGUUUGGUUGGAGGAAUUAGUUUCUGGUUGUUGUUCAUUUCUGCUAGCAAUAAUGGCUACGAUGAACGAAAAGGUAUUGGGUAAAUGUGGAAGGAACAUAAGUAGUCUCAAGAGAAAGCGGGACAGCCCUGCUGCAGACCAUGCUGAUGUCUGCCACAACUCUGAAUUGCAUCAGCGUCCUGCCAACGACUCUGCUAUUAGGUUUCAUGUUGAUCAAGACCGCAAGGCAAAAGUUGUGUGCCACCUAAACAAACAGAUUCUGCAGAGCUACAAUAGCUUCAUGAAUAGCGCACUACCUAAGCGUAUUCUACUCUGCCAAGGUGGUGACUGGAAAGACUUUCCAGAAAAAAUUGUCAAGUUGGCCCAAGUUGACUUCAGGGCGAAAAAGACAAUCACAGAAAUAGGAUGUGAGAACCAGCUAUUUUUACUGGAUUUUGUGCAUAUGGCAUUUAUAGAUUCAAAGACAGGUCUCCAGAGGCCGAUAGCCUGGAUUGAUGAAAAUGGAAAGGGCUACUUCCCGGAAACGUUUCUGCAAGAUCAGAAAUUAUUUAGGAAGAAAGAUUUUGGCAACAGAAACCAUGAGUAUGUUAGUGUUGAGCCAAAUGGGACACGAGAAGUGAAUGGCCAGCUCGAAACAUCAGAAAGUUCUGCAGAAAGCUCUAACUUUGAGUCCAGUACUGAAGACAUCUCGAGUCCUAAGAGAGCUAGGGUUGAAAAGUGUGCCACAGGAAAGAAAUAUUGUGAAGUAGAAGCUAUUGGAGAAAAUGAGCCAUGCACUUUGUUGCCUACAGCCUUUAAUUUACUGCAACAACAAGCUAAGCUGGGUGAGCUGUCACGUGCUCAACACACUAGCGAAGCUGUGGAGAAAUUGUUGCUGCAGAGGAUGGGUGCUGUUAUUGGAUCCAAGGACAUCAUUGGGAUCUACAGAACUCCAUUACUGGAUGAUUGCGGACAGGUCCGUUACCAUCUUCACAAAAAGCAGGUGCAGGUUACUGGAUGUCUCCGUGGAAAUGCAAAUGUCCGUUAUGCAUGGCUUGCUUGCUCUAAAAACACUGUGCAUGAAAUGAUGCUGAAUGGCACCUUGCAAGUUCAUAAGCCCGUUAAGUAUCCAGCCUAUGGAAAUGGCACCCUCCUUGCACCAGCAAAUCGUUCUGAUACCUGUGUGAAUUUCUCUGAUGUUGAUGAAAAUGGCAUUGUCCAUAUGAUGUUGUGCCGUGUUAUAAUGGGGAACAUAGAAAUAGUUCACCAUGGAUCUAAGCAGCACCGACCUAGUAAUGACUAUUUUGAUAGUGGAGUAGAUGACCUUAAAAAUCCACAACAUUACAUUGUGUGGGAUAUGAAUCUGAAUAGUCACAUCUAUUCUGAGUUUGUAGUCACCAUCAAAUUGCCUUCUAAAACGAAAGAUUCCCUCGUCACACAAGAAGAUUGUCACUAUUCGUCUGAUCUUUCACUGGUCUUGAGUUCUAGUUCACCUGACUGUAUGUCAGAGGAGAUGAACCUUCAGGCAUCUCCAGCAUCGGGAGGUCCUUUCGCAGCCCCCAUGCUAGGAGAUUCAAUGGAAAGGGCUCCAAACUCACCUUGGAUGCCUUUCUCCAUGUUGUUUGCAGCAAUUUCGACAAAAGUAUCUCCUGAGAAUAUGGACCUGGUUAUUAGUUGUUAUGAAGAAUUCAAGAGCAAGAAAAUAAGCCGAGCUGAACUAGUAAAGAAGCUGAGGCAUGUAGUUGGUGACAGAGUGCUGAUAUCGACAAUAAUGCGGCUCCAAGAUAAGCAGUUACCUCCAGUGGGGAGGCGUGAGGCACCAAACGCAUCGGUGGCGAAACCGUGAAGUCGGUGGGCAAGGAAGGCUACCAAGAGAGAACUGGCCGACAUGACAUAAAAACUUUGUGCCGUUUGCGUCUGUGUCUGGCUGCUGCGGGUUGUUCUUUUCCGUCGUAGGACUUAUGCAUGGUGAAGAUUUCUAUCACCUGUUUUUCGUUGCAAUGUGGAUUAAAGUUAUAAGAGAAAAUGCUUCUUGUUUGCCUUCA